AUGUUUGGUUUCGUAGCUGAUAUACUCACGUACGAGAAGCAGCUUCUCAUCCUGAUGGUCCUCACUAACGCUCUCACAGUNUCGGUGACCUCGAUCCUCUUUCCCAUCUUCGCAUCGUACAAGGCGCUGCGCAGCUCAGACCCAGCGCAGCUAGCGCCAUGGCUCAUGUACUGGACCACCCUCUCACUCGCCCUCGCCGCUGAAUCCUUCCUCUAUCCUAUCCUCAGCUGGGUACCCUUCUACUCGUGGAUCCGUCUCGGCGCUCACCUCUACCUCGUGCUGCCCGGCCAGCAAGGCAGCGUCUUUGUCUACCAGAAAUACAUUCACCCCUUCCUCUACGAGCACGAGCGCGAAAUCGACCGCUUCAUCACCAACAGCCAUGAGAAAGCAAAAGCAGCCGGUCUGCAAUACCUCAAGCAAGGUCUCGAGUGGGUCAAAGUUAACCUCCUCGGUCUGCAACCUCGUCGUCCCACUCCUCCCGCUAGCAGACAGGUGAGCUACAGCCAAGCUCUGUACAACCGCUUCGUCAUGCCCUCUGCUCGUCCCGAAGGAUACAGCGGUCCUGGAACCUCGCAAUCUGCCCCCGGUGCUAACGACUUGUUCUCCAUGCUCGGCAAUGUGAUGGCUCAAGCUGCAGGUCCCGGCGGCGCAAAUCGUUCUCGUGAUGCACAAGCCGAAGACCUCAGCGCCAGCGGCAACCUCGUGCCCCCGCACAUGUCUGGCGACGAACGCAACGCCUACAUUUCCACACAAAAAGACCGCCUGCGCACUCUUCUCCAGGCCUUUGACAACGAAGCCUCUCGCGAACACACUCCCGUCUCUUCUCCACCUUAUCCCACCGACGAUGGUCCCGGCCCAAACUUCCAAGACUACCUCAAACCUGUUGCUGAAGGCUUGCUCAACAGAAGCAAAAGUGAGGCUGAGUUUGAGGAUCUGGGAUAUGAGCACGUGCCUACAGGAAGCAACAAGCCCAGCCCUAGACUUCACGACAGAAGCGGUAGUUGGAGCAAGUGGGUCUGGGGCAACUAUGGCGAAAAGGACUCUGCUGCUGGUCAGAAGAAGAAUGAUUGA